AUGUUGUUCCGCCAAAUCCCGUGGCGAUCGCGAAGAAAUCUUCGAGAUCAAGAUAUUUCCAAGAACGAGGCUAGAAUCAACCAAGACGAGAUUGAGAAUCUCCACUCCCAGCAACAAAGCGCGAUUACGAGCAGGGCUCGAUUGGAGGAGCUUGUAGAGCAGCUGGAAAUCGAGCAGAAGAAGAGAUACGUCGCGGACGUCGAGUACGUGCGUCUCCUCCAGGCAUGUCCCAAGCUCAAAGCUUUGGACAUUGCUCGACGCCUCCACUCACAGAUCGUGAGAGCGUCGCUGGACAACCGCGUCUUCCUCGGCAACCAUCUCAUCCACACCUAUGGGAAAUGCCACAGCCUGGACGAUGCAUGGGAAACUUUCGAGCGCAUGAGCUACAAGAACGUUUACACAUGGACUGCGAUCAUCGGGGUAUGUGCUCACCACCACUGUCACUCACUUGCGAUUAUCUUGCUCAGGCAAAUGCUGCUGGAGGGUGUGAAACCAGACAACAUCACGCUGCUCGCGGCGCUCACGUCCUGUGAGACCUCGCAAGCUCUCCCCGCCGGUAAGCUCAUUCACGGCUUGAUCGCUCAGAGUGGACACCAGUGUGACUUAAUCCUGGAAAAUGCUCUUGUCAGCAUGUAUGGGAGCUGCGGGAGCGUCGACGAUGCCAAGAGAGUUUUCGAUGCAAUGCCGGCCAGGAAUGUCAUCACCUGGACUGCGAUGAUCGGGGCUCAUGCCGAGACCAGUCUCGAGCAAGCUUUCAAGGUGUUCCGGCUGAUGGAGCUCGAGGGGUUUAAGUCCAACUUCGUGACGUACGUGACGCUCGUCCAGGCUUGCUCCAAACCGGAGUUUCUAGAGGUGGGCAUAAUCUUACACAUGCGUAGUGUGGAGAGUUCUAGUGCUAUGGAAACUCCUCUUUGCAAUGCGCUGAUCACGAUGUAUGGAAGAUGCGGACGGCUGGAGGACGCGCGCGCCAUCUUUUCCAGCAUGGUGGAGCGAGAUAUAAUCGCCUGGAACGCUCUCAUUACGGAGUAUGGCCAGCACGGGCAUGUCGAGGAGGCUGUGCUGCUCUACCAGCUUAUGCUACAAGAGGGCUGUAAGCCAGACAAGAAGCUCUAA